GACCAGGUCCGCGAUAUUUGGUCGUUAGGUGCGCUGGGGUCUGUUUCUCGAAUAUAUUUUAGGAAGACACAGUUCGGUCUACUUGUGAGUUGCAAAUGGUGGACGGCCUGUCAUCGUUGGUUGCGUUAACAUCAGGUAAAAAUGUAUAAGGCAAGGACAGUUUUUAGUACACUGGCCCCCCUUGCACCACGCAUGUGCGGGCCAGAAAGGUUUGCAUCUUGGUUGGUGCGGAGCCAUCCCCUGUCCAGGACCACACAGGUGAUGGUUACUGAACCGGUCAGGAAAUAUAGCAGCCGGGUAGCUACGGAACCUUUCUUGAAUGGCAGUUCCAGUUCUUAUGUAGAAGAAAUGUACAAUGCAUGGCUACAAGAUCCCAACAGUGUACAUGUGUCGUGGGAUUCAUUUUUCCGUAGCAGCACUGCUGGAGCUGGACCAGGUCUUGCAUACCAGGCGCCACCUUCUCUUGCCCCAAGUCAUAACCAGAUACCUUUAGGAGCAUUGUUACCACUUGGUGGUGGGUCUCAAUUGAGCCAGAUACCUAUUAAUGAGAAAAUAAUCGACGAUCACCUGGCUGUUCAAGCCAUUAUUCGAUCUUACCAGAUCCGUGGCCAUCAUAUCGCUAAAUUGGAUCCACUUGGCAUCAACAGCGCCGAUCUUGAUGAUAGACAUCCACAAGAGUUGCUCUAUAAUCAUUAUUCAUUUGGAAACAGAGCACGUACUACUUACUCGCAGGAACUACAAUACCGAGUAGCUGCACUUAUGAAAAAGGAUUCGGACAUGGAUCGCAUUUUCAAGUUGCCAUCCACCACUUUUAUCGGUGGCAAAGAGAAAUCAUUGCCGUUGCGAGAAAUUUUGAAAAGAUUGGAAGCUGCUUAUUGUGGUCACAUCGGCGUGGAAUUCAUGUUCAUCAACUCUCUGGAACAGUGCAAUUGGAUUCGUCAGAAAAUGGAGACACCUGGUAUUAUGGAGAUGACAAACGACGAAAGGAGGCUAAUUUUGGCUAGAUUAACUCGUGCAACCGGAUUCGAAGCAUUCCUUGCGCGCAAGUGGUCAUCCGAGAAGAGAUUCGGAUUGGAAGGAUGCGAAAUUCUGAUCCCUGCUAUGAAACAAGUUAUCGACAAAUCCACCGAGUUAGGGGUCGAGUCCGUCGUGAUGGGCAUGCCCCACCGCGGUCGUCUGAAUGUCCUUGCUAACGUUUGUCGUAAACCUUUAAGUCAAAUCUUCACACAGUUCGCUGCUCUCGAAGCAGCUGAUGAUGGUUCUGGUGAUGUCAAAUAUCAUUUGGGAACGUACAUUGAGCGUUUGAAUCGCGUAACGAACAAGAACAUUCGUUUGGCCGUCGUUGCAAAUCCAUCUCACUUGGAAGCUGUUGAUCCGGUAGUACAGGGAAAGACUCGCGCUGAGCAAUUCUAUAGAGGUGAUGGCGAAGGUAAAAAGGUCAUGUCCAUUCUUUUGCACGGUGACGCCGCUUUCUGUGGACAAGGUAUUGUUUUCGAAACAAUGCACUUGUCCGAUUUGCCCGACUAUACAACUCACGGUACUGUGCACAUUGUGGUCAACAACCAGAUUGGAUUUACCACCGAUCCCAGACAUUCGCGAUCCUCUCCUUACUGUACCGAUGUUGCGAGAGUAGUUAACGCACCCAUCUUCCACGUUAAUUCGGAUGAUCCUGAAGCGGUGAUGCACGUUUGCAAAGUCGCCGCUGAGUGGAGGGCAACUUUCCACAAGGAUGUCGUUAUCGAUAUCGUGUCCUACAGGCGAAACGGUCACAACGAGAUCGAUGAACCCAUGUUCACGCAACCUUUGAUGUAUCGCAAAAUCAAGAAAACUCCACCAGCUUUGGACAAGUACGCUAACUCCCUUAUCAGCGACGGUGUCGUUAACUCCGAAGAAGUUAAGGAUGUCAAAGAUAAGUAUGAAAAAAUCUGUGAGGAUGCCUACACCAACGCCAGGCAGGAAACGCACAUCAAGUACAAGGAUUGGCUGGACUCUCCGUGGUCUGGCUUCUUCGAAGGCAAGGACCCAUUAAAAGUAUCUCCUACCGGCAUUAAAGAAGAUACGCUGAUCCAUAUUGGAAAAAAAUUCUCGUCACCACCUCCCAAUGCUGCUGAAUUUGUUAUACACAAAGGAAUCGAGCGUAUUCUAAAAUCUCGUAUGGAAAUGAUCGAGGCUCGAACAGUUGACUGGGCUCUUGGAGAAGCGAUGGCCUUCGGUUCCCUUCUUAAAGAGGGGAUUCACGUUAGGCUGUCGGGUCAAGAUGUAGAAAGAGGAACAUUCUCGCAUAGACAUCACGUGCUUCAUCAUCAAACCGUCGACAAGGCUACUUACAGGCCAUUAUGCUAUCUUUACCCAGACCAAGCUCCCUAUACUGUGUGCAAUAGUUCUUUGUCAGAAUUUGGUGUACUUGGAUUUGAAUUAGGUUAUUCCAUGACAAACCCUAAUGCAUUGGUGUGCUGGGAGGCUCAGUUCGGCGACUUUAACAACACGGCGCAAUGUAUAAUCGAUCAGUUUAUUAGCAGCGGGCAGGCUAAGUGGGUGCGUCAAUCUGGUCUUGUCAUGCUACAGCCUCACGGGCUAGAGGGAAUGGGUCCGGAACAUUCGAGUGCUCGACUGGAACGAUUCCUCCAAAUGUCUGCUGACGAUCCCGACUACUUCCCACCGGAAAGCGAAGAAUUCGCUGUACGCCAGUUGCACGACAUCAACUGGAUUGUUGCUAAUUGUAGUACACCGGCCAAUUACUUCCACAUUCUGAGGAGACAGAUUGCAUUACCAUUCAGGAAACCUUUGAUUCUGAUGACGCCAAAGUCGCUGCUUCGUCAUCCAGAAGCCAAAUCCAGUUUCGACUUGAUGAAGGAGGAUACGGAGUUUCUUAGAGUAAUACCCGAGGAAGGUAAGGCGGCUCAAAAUCCCAGCAACGUUAAGCGUGUAGUGUUCUGUUCUGGGAAAGUCUUCUACGAUUUGAAGAAAGCGCGCACGGAAAAACAACUGGAGGAUAAAGUCGCCAUUGCGAGAGUUGAACAGAUUUCACCCUUCCCAUACGAUUUGGUUAAGAAAGAAGCUGCUAAAUACCCCAACGCAGAACUGGUAUGGGCCCAGGAGGAAGCCAAGAAUCAGGGUGCAUGGACGUACGUUCAGCCUAGAUUCCACACAGCUCUUAACGGAACUCGCAGUGUAGUCGGCGGAAGUACCUCACGCAAGAGUGACGGUAGCGGAGGGUGGUUAAGUGGUUGGUUUUCAUCAGCUAAACCAACGACGACAACUGCGUCCGAACCACCGUCAGUAAAAUCUGAUAAACCCAUACAGAGAACAGUGAGAUAUGCUGGUCGUCCAACAGCAGCUUCGCCCGCGACAGGAAGCAAAAUGCAGCAUCUCAAAGAACUGAAACAGUUGCUCGACGAUUCUAUUAAUCUUUAAUUACCCUUCGUAGCACUAUGUAGAACACACAUUUUAUUUAUUUUUUCGCAUUAUAUUUGUUAUAUACCUUUGUCCUGCUUGAAUAAUUUCUCCAUUUCUGAUUCAUUUAUAAUGAAUUUCUACAGGCGCAAAUAUUUUCGUUGAUGGCGAUUUACACAUGUCGCGAGUCACACAAAUAUAAUAUUUCUUAUCUUCACUUUUUCUUCUCGAAGUUUUCUUUUUUUGUGAUGUAGUGGUCUGUUCGUCAAAAUUAAUUUUUCUUCUCAUUUAAUUUAUCCUCCUCUGCAACUAUAUACAUACGCAUUCGCAAUGGGUAAUCCGUGUAAAUAUGUAUGCAUUUCUUUCUCGUUUAAUGUUUGAUUGCGGUUUUGUAUAUUUUCUUUUUAAAGGUACGUGACAUAUUUAUAUCAGUAUGCGAGUUGAGUGUUGAGCUCGGUGUAUGUUUGAGUUUAAGGGGAUAUUUUUGUGUAAUAUAUAUUUUUAUGUAAAUAUAUAUGAAUCCUACGAAAAUUACAUUAAUACGAAAAUUUCCGACAUGUAUUACUCAUAGGCUCCGAAAUCUUGUAUGUACGAGGAUUUCGCAUCGAUUUGAAAAUAUUUGCGCGUUAACACAUGUAUUUUAUUUUUGUUAAUAUGUCGAUACAGUAACUACGAACCGAAUAAGAUUAAUGAGAAAGUAUUAUUUUUAAUUUAUGCAACACUUUACGCGGAGCGUAAACGUGCAGAAUAGUGACUGCGGAGUUUUAAGUGAAACUUUUCGGGGUUUGCUGUGGAUAUAAUAACGGCAAUUUUUUUAUUACUUUAAUUACGCCGUUGCGACAGACAGCCAAUCGUUUUAAUUUUUUAUCCCCGCUCUAUUUUAUAUAAAAAAUUAAACGAUUGGUAGGGCGACAGAAUUAUACAAGCGAUCAAGUUGUAGCGUUAGGCUCGAUUACGUAUCGCGCGAGCAUAGAGAUUCGCAUAAGUUUUAGGCAUGGGAGAAAUAAAUUAUGUAUGAAACGAAAUCUAGUCGUAACGUUACUCCUCGAAAAGUUUCAAAGAUAUCUCCUUUUUGAAAAGGACGACAGAAGUAGAAGACAAAUUAUUUGUACGUUAGUAAGAGUAGAAAAUAAAUGUAAUAAUACUAUACCUGAACCAAUGGUAAGCGAGUUGCAUAGUUUUGCGAAGGCACAGUAUUUAUAUUCUUCUACGUACGAAUUGUUUGAAAGAUGGAUUUUGUGAACGGAAUAUUUUUGUUGUAAUAUUUCGCGGCGAUUGAAAAUUAUUGUAUCAACUACUCGGCUGUGGAUAUGUUUGCAAUCGAAUCUAUCACCUUUAAAGCAACGAUCAGACACUUGGCAACAAUUGUAAUCUCCUUGUAAUUCGAAGAUAUGUAAAACAACAUAAUAUUAUAAAACCUGCUAGGAUACCAUAGAUGCAAUGUGGUCCAACAUAAAUUGCGAUACUGUUAUUCCACUCACGACUUUUUGUUGUUAUAUGCAUAAUAACGACGAUGCAGCCACGUAUGUUUUAAGAAUACAAAUUAACAUGCCGAAUUUACUAGUGAAAAUGAAUUAAAAUUUUGUUUAGUAUUAAUGCAGAGAUAUUGCAAUAAAUAAUGUAGCACCUUAUAAUUAAAUUACAUUACGUUAACUAUUA